AUGUGCGGCGAGCCGAGCGAACGGCGCCGGCAGCCUCGCGCCGCGCACAAAAAACCCGCUCCGGCACAAAAACACCCGCCGCGCGAGAGGGACGGCGCUACACGCGCGAGAGGGAGUGCGCGACGCCUUAUUUCUGUUGGUUCUCGCUCGCCUCGAGCGACGCAGUUAUCGAGGCGACUACAGCGCUUUGAUUUAAAACUCGCAGGCGUCACAGACACGAGCGUGCUGAGCGGUGGCCGAGCGCGAACUGGCGAAUGGCGGAGCGCUUGGCGGAUACGACGUUCGGCCAUCGGGCCAGUUCGGAGCCUCUCGGCAGAGCUCGGCACGCAGCACCCACCUGCGACUCGUUUCCAUGAGCAACAAAAGCGCCGGUGCCUGCAUAGUGGUGACGUUAUACCUUCGAGGUAUCGACGCUACGAUCGGUUUGGGCCGAGUCUUCGCCGGCCCAUACGAUGGACUGUGGAGACGUGUGGUGUCGAGGCAGGAAUUUUACUCGGCAUCCGGUCAUACGAUGCCCAGCCCUGGGGACGCUUUGAAAUGCUUAGUUUGGAGCGUUCUCUACCGUCAGUUCCUGUUUGUCGCUUGGAGCCGAAUUAUAAUGUGCACCGGCGCUCACAGGAAAAUUCUCAGAUAGAGACCUUUUAUAUUCGGCUAGCGCUAUCACAAAGUUCCCGCCCAUUGCGUGGUUGGAAAUACCCAACACGUAACACGCUGAACGCAGCACUCAAGGUCUGCGAUUAUUGUGCAGUCGGACUU